GGUAAUCCGAGGCCCCCACUCUUUCCUUCUGGUACCAAAUUUCCUCUUCCUUCCCCUUGGUGGUUCUUGUCUGAGUUUAAAUAACACCCCAAACCGCCAAGACAGGAGCAGAGAGAGGGGACUUUGUGAGCUCAGCCUGGACACAGGGCCCUGAUAGCAGGAAUGGGGGGCCACAUCCCAGACACCAGCUCCUCUGGGCUGGGGGGACCCCAAGGACCACCUGUUCACAAGGGAGGAACAGGUGGGAGAUGCACACCAAUGGCCAAGCCAGCAGCAGCAGGUGGGUGAGAGAGUCUGGGUGGGGAAACCCUCACAUCCAAAAUCAGGGUCUUGUAGGAAAUGCGUUGACACCCCCCCCCCCCUGCACCCCAAAAUAUAGUUAAGCCAGCAGCAGCAGCAGGUGGGUGAGAGAGUCUGGGUAGGGGGACCCUCACAUCCAAAAUCAGGGUCUUGUAGGAAAUGCACAGACCCCCCCCUCCCAGCACCCCAAAAUAUAGCCCAGCCAAUGGCCAAGCCGACAGCAGGUGGGUGAAAGAGAGCCUGGGUGGGGGACUCUCACAUCCUAAAUCAGGGUCUUAUAGGAAAUGCAUUGACACCCCCCUCUGAACCCCAAAAUAUAGCCUAGCCCUGAGAGAAGACAAGUGCAUAGAACUUCUAGAAUUUGUUAAAAACUAAAAAGGGAGCCUGGAAUUAAUGGACUCCUGGCCCAUCAGGUAAUAUCUUCCCAGACAUAAUAUCAGAUCAUUUUUAUUCGAUUUUUAAAGUUUUACCCAAAUGUCUAACUCCUCCCCUUUCCCCACCACACAUUUAUAUUUUUAUUUUUUACUGUGAACAUUACAAAAUUAUAUUUUAGGCUAAUUUCUCUCUUUUACAAACUCUUUAUCUCUUUAACUAAUUAAAUUAAAAGUAUAAUUCGAGAAAAUCACAAAACAUGCACUGAAAAUUCUCUACUAAUAAUAAUAUUAAUAAUAAGUCACUGAUAGCGUGCUAAUAAUUCACUAAUUUACAGAUAAUGCAGUAAUAAUGUUUAAUAAACAUCCAUUGGUAACUAAAAACCUAGCAAACUAAUAAGGUAAUUAAAGUGGUUAUUAAUUCAAUGUAUUUAUUUAUUCGCUGCUUGUUGUACUAUUUGAAGUUUUGAAUUAAUCCCUGUUAUCUCACUUCAAUCAUUUUUGUUACAGUUUGUUUUUUAUUACUUUAUGUCAAAUAGAGCAUUAAUUUGUUAAAAUGUUUCUAUUUAAAACCGAUUAUAUCAAAUUGAUGCUUAGUUUCCCAUUUAGUCAGGUGUGAGCUUAAAAUAUAAAAUGAAAAAUAGAAUAAUAUAAAUAUAUUGAAUGAGAGAACCACACCAAUACUAAAACUUAAUAUUUAUAAUUUUAUCAAGAUAAUUAUAAUUUUUAUGGUCAAUUUAAUGUGUCAGUUUAAACCCAAAUAUAGAAUAUUAUCAAUGCAUUAGCAGAAUAAUAUGAUAUUAACUAUAUAGAGAUAUUAAACCUGUGUGUGCUUAAAUAUAAAAUGCAACUGAAUACAGAAUUAUUAUUUUAUACAUUUAUUUACAAUUGGUUAAAAACACAAAAUAAAAGAUUGUAGCUACUAUUUAAAUGUAACUCCGUGUGUUUGUAGCUCAUCAUUUUAAGGUUUAUAAAACAUAUAUAUAUUAAUUUAGAUUUAUAAUCAAGUUCACACUUAAAUAUGAAAAAUAUACUUUUGUCAGAACGAUGAAAUAAUCUUAAUAAAUUAAUAACACAAUUCAAUAUUCUCAAUGUUCAGACUAAAUGUAUUUUCUCGGACAUUUUUUAGCCGACAUUGUGAAACGAAAACAUGGAAAUAUUGGGCUUAGAAACAGUUUCUUACGAAUUGCUCAAUAAGUUGCACAUUGUAUGUAAUUGGUUUUUACGCAACAUGUUCUUUUACAGAAAUCAUGUUGUAACCAUAAAAUGUAACGUAAUAUUUAACAAAUCAACAACAGUAUCAAUAAUCAAUCAAUCAAUCAAUCAAUAUAAUGUUACAGCUAUUUAACCCUCUACACCCCCUUGGGCUUUAACUAACAAACGGUGAUUUAGAAGAAAAUUUAUCAUUGCUGUUGUAUUUUAUUCAUUCAAUUCAUGUAUUAACCAGACAUUUUGCACGUUUGAAAUGAACUCCUCAAGAUUCGUUUUCAGUGUAACGUUAAAUGAUUUUAGCAAAAACAAAGAAAAAAAAAUCUGCACUAAUUAAUGGAGUUUUUAAAUUCGGAUGCAUCAGUUUGCCAUCCACACACCUCCAGAGACUGGGUCUCACUGAGCACCCCGAAUUCCAAUUUAAAAUAGAAAUUAUCAUAUAUUGUUGUUUUUUAUUCAUAUUAUUAUAUUUUUUUAUUUUAUGAACAUCUUUCUGAAGAAAUGUUUAAACUUACUUUAUGGAUUUUUUUUCGUCACAUAAAUAGUUCACGUGAUAUCCAUCUCCCCGAACGCUGAAUAAUAUAAUAUAAUAUAAUAUAAUAUAAAAGCAAUAAAGCAUUAAACAAUGGGUGAUCAGACCAUAGUUGUAUCGAAUAAUAAAGAAUUGCUAUUAAUUAACAGGUUAGGAUCACCUACUCUCCAGCAAUAAUCUUAUUGUGUAUUACCCAACAUUCCAUUACUGUUUAAUUAGGUGGGCUUUCUCUUAUUUAAUUAAUGUAUUAAACAGGUUCUUAUCUGAUUCAUAAAAAAACAGGAAACGAAACAUUGUAACUUUAAACACGAACCCCUCAUAUUACCCCACCCACACCAUGGGGGUAUAUUUUAGGCAUAAGGAGCUGAGCAGGAAAAGUUCACCAUCUCAGACGUUAUACCAGAUUGACUACUUUGGUCUAAAAUGGAAAUAUUUACAGAUCCAUUAAUGUUAACUAAAUAAUUAUUUUACAAGUAAGAAAAUAAUCUAUUUUUAUAUAUAAUAUUGGAUCUCUUACUAUGGCCGCUUUAGAAUGAGUGAAUUAAUGCUAUAACAUGUAUCUAUGAGUAUCACUAUGUGGAUUUACAAACAUGUCUGCCAUGAGUCUGCAAUGCUAUGUGUGUGUGUGUUUAAUCUGGUAAUAAUACGUUAGAUAUUUUAUAAAAUGUACAAUGUGAUUUAAAUAUUUAAGUGAAUGAUAUAGAGUUUCCAAAUUAAAUAAAUAAAUUAAACAAAUUCAAUCUGAUUAAACAAACAUUUAUUGGCAGAACAAAACGUGUUUAGCAAAUUAAAGUAAAAUGAAUGGAUGGGUUAAACUGUCACUUUCUUUUCCUUUACCGAAUAUAUAUUUCUAUAAACACCUCCUUGCAGCUGUGUGCUAAUAUGUUAACAUUUUAUUUCACUGACAGAACCGAAAUGAAUUAUUGCAUUCUGCUUAUUACAUGGACAUUAUUUAAGGCCCAGUUUAACCCCCUCACCCCCCUAUAUAAAACAUUUUUUUAAUGCAGCCAGGAAUUGCUUUAAGGCAUUGCCAUUUGAUCAUGGAUGAUGGGCCUUGUAGUCGGCAAUACCUGAGAAGCUGCCAGCUGCUUAUUAUAUAAAUAGCACAUUAUGAAUCCAGGGUUAACACACAGACACAUACUAGAAUCGAAUUCUGGGGCAACGUUCGAAUGGUGACAUUCCAUUGUUUCCAUGGUAACAGCCCCACUUUAAGAAACUUAGAUUGUGGAUAAAAUGAAACGCUCAUAUAUAACACAGUGGGCUUUAGACUACCAGCGGUAGGAUUACAGCUUGAAUUAACCAUUUAUCUCAUGGUUAAUAACUGUGACCGUUUGCAGGAAAGGGAGGAACACGGUGCAGGAGCCAUGGCAAGGGUUAAUCUAGUUUAUUAACGAUAUCCUGGGCCCUGAGUCCUGCACCAGUGUUAACCCCCUCACUGCCAAGGUGUCUGUAUCCCGCCAGCAGAGUGCAGCAUCAUGUUAACCCCUUCACUGACAACUUGUCUUUAUUGAAUAGAAUAGACAAACAUUUAUUCGACAUAUCGUAUCAUGCAUCGCUGGCGAAUAAUCAUUAGAUAAAAAACGAUUUUGUUUAUAUUGAUUUAUAGUCAAAGUCAAAUAAUGGAAUUACUUUACAUUCAGUUUUCUGAUAAUUAAAAAAUAUCCAAUAUCCUGCCAGAACUGUCACAUAAUGUCUAUCUGUGGGAAUAGGAUACUAAGCUGCUACAUUGUAACAGUAAUGUUUGACCUACAAACCCUCCUGCAGAGCUGGAGCAGGGGGUGAUAUGGAGGGGCAGGUCCAAACAGUAAGUGGGAUUUAAACUGGGUCCUGAGCAAAAUUCUGCACUGUAGCUUUAAUCACACAGAGCUGUUCAGUAAGGUGAAACUAGCUGGAAUUUAAGGUGAAACUAGCUGAAUAGGAAGAGUUCUCUAUGUAGCUCUGCAUUCAGUUCGGCUACUCUGGCCUUAAAGUUGGGAGUCACUAUGAAUUCUCUCUUUAGUUUGGUUAUUUUAGUAUAAUUAUUGCCGCCUUGGUUUCACUUUACAACAAUUCAGAGUUUAGUAAAUAAACCCCUUUGUUUAUAUGGUGAUUUAACUGUAAAUUGAAGAAGGAGUCGCAUAUGUUUUUUUGAUUUCUUUUCAGAAUUUGUUUUAUAAAAGAUUUUUGUUUAUCCACUGUAAUCCAUAUUGCAGGGGAUUGUAAAGCAAAUAUCCACAUUUAGGCUCCAGCUGUGAUAGAGCAGAUUUAGAGAUUUUUAGUCUAAACGUUGCCACUUGGAUUAACCCCUUAAGGACCAAACUUCUGGAAUAAAAGGGAAUCAUGACAUGUCACACAUGUCAUGUGUCCUUAAGGGCUUAAACUUUAUUCCAAUUCCCAGUUUGAUAAAUCAGCCUCCCCGAGGCGAUAUUAAUUCCAUGUGUAGUCUGCUAGAAAAGCAGGGCCCCCAAGCCUUGCUGAUUUAUCUGCAUGUCAGUAACCUGCCACAGUCUUGUUUUAUGGCUUUCAAAGAGCGCGGAUGGCUCACGGUUUAAACUUGCAGCACUAGGCCUACGCAACCGCAGAGUAUUAUUGGCAGCGGUUAGCUGCUGUAACGGCUGCUUUCGCAGAGCGCAGGGAGUCCAGAGAUCACUCAGUGCAGCUGAUGUUCCACUUUCAGUGUGACAACUCUUUAACGCCUUGAGUGCCAAAACUCAGGCAGCAACUUCAUGCUUAUCCAUUAUUUACUAAACACUGAAUUUUAAAAGCAAGGAGGAAAUAGCAAGGCUGUGGCAAUAGCGGAUUCAGAGAAUUUAUUGCAAAUCAGCAAUUUUUACCUAAAUAUAAAAAUUCAGUUUUCUAUUCAGUAAAAUUCAGUGUUUCGUAAAUACACCCCUUUCAGUUACAAGUAGAACUUGUCUGACCCCAAAUGUAACAUAUGCCCAUUUAUAAAUCCCAUAUGUUAACAAAUACUUUGAUCUGUGGCUGGGGAAGGAUUGUGGGAAUUGUAGUGACAGUACACACAUAGCUGAAGAUAUUAACAUCAGUUGCAGGUUUUAAAGGACCCAUCAUGCUUUCCUCUACAAUGUAUCAGGUCUGGGAUUGGAUUGUCCAUGACAGGUGUUGCCCUGCAGUAUGUAGAAUUCAUAUCCCGUGGGAGGCAAGCCAAUAAUCAAUUAGCUUGUUAAGAAUACCUGCUUGAUUACUGGAGUGAUUUCCCUACAGAGCACAUGAAUGCUAUAUACAGUGGGGUAGCAUGUUUCAUGUGUGCUAUUUCCCCAGUAAAUCAUUGUGGAUCAAGUGAACCUAUAGAGACAUGGAGUCACAUCCCAUGAUAGUGAUCAUUAGACCAUAUUCACCAUAUUAAUACUGAUUUAGGGAAGCCAAUAAUACACCCAUACGCCCAAUGCUGUAUUUCAAGCAGUACAGUCCUGAACAAUGCGUCCCUAGAUGGGUGUUACCACAUACAGCGAAAGGGCAAAUCACAUUAACCAUCAGAACAGUUACAGGAAAUCUGUCACUAAACCGAGAACAAUAACUAAUUCUACAACUGCUGUGUCUGCAUUUUAUGAAUAAUAGAUGCUUCUAAAAAAAUGCUCAUUUUACUUAAUGGGGAAAAUGUCAGCGGGGGUUAAAUUAACGUCUUAACCUGUUUUAAGUGAAGAGGACUCUUCACUUAAAACAGAGAACCAAUAUAUUAACAAUUUACCUUUUGUUUUUUAUUGUAAACAAAUGAUUAUAUGUGAUGUUCCAACAUUUGCUGCAAAAUAUCAUUUGUUGAAGCUUCUGCAGUGAGCUCUCAAUAAACCAGGAAGUGAUUUAGGUCUCUUAUGGGUACAGCAAUGGUUUCUGUACUUUACUUGUAAGAUUCUUGCUUUAGAAAGGUACCAGCUUGAUACAUCGGCCCCAACAUCUGGGGGUAUAGAAUCAGGACGUGUGUUGGCGGGCUUUCCGGUGGUGUUGCCAGUGAUCCAACUUGCACAAUGAGUGAUGCCCAUAAUGGGCAGGUCUGCCUGAAAUGUGGGCAAACCCUUGCAUUGAAGCGGUAUAUCAGAGUGCGUCAAGAUGCCUCCCGGUCAGCCCCCAACAGACUCACCAAGCCCUCUCUGUAAUGGCCGUAGGUCAGAGCUAGUGCGUCUAAUGAUGCGCUUGCAAAGUGCUGCUUGGAGACAAUUCCAUAGAUUGGGAAAGUGGGACAAAACCCCAAAACAGGGACUGUACAGACAAACACGGGUCAGUUGGUAGGCCUGUGUAAAAUGUGACACAUGCAGAGAGUAAACGGUUUAACAAUUACAAAGGAUCACUAUAGUGUCAGGAAAACUAAGUGGCACUCAGGUUCCCCCUCCCAUGGCGCUGAAGUUAAAACCCCUUCAGCAGCUUACCUUAUUCCAGCGCCGGGCUCCCUCGGCGCUGGUGACCUUUCCUCCGACGUCAGCUCCCCUGUCCGAUGUCAGUGGAGCCGAAUGCGCAUGCGCGGUAGGUGCCGCGCUCGCAUUCAAAGUGUCCACAGGAAAGCAUUUCUCAAUGCUUUCCUAUGGACGCUCUGCGCGAUGGAGGCAUCGCUAAUAUAAAAGUAGAACGAAACGGUUUGACUCAGUGGGAUGAUAACUAGAAAGUCCAGGCACCAUAACCACUACUGUAGAGAAGUAGUAAAUUUCUCCUUCAAUGUAUGGAACACUGGUCUGGUCAACACAGAGAUUGCUAUUAUUAUUAAUGUAUCACCAACAUAUUCCGUAGCGCUGUACAAUGAGGAUGCACCUUUAGUAAUUGAGUGAAUCAGUGCCAGUCAUGGGAUGAUUUUACUCUCGCUGUGUCCCAGACGUGUCCCAAUGGGGGGGUAACUCGCCCCAGUAACCCUGCUCGCAGUGUAGUACAGGAAGUUGUACUCUAAAUAUGAUUAUCUGCUCUUAUCUCAGAAACCAGAAGGUCAGAAAAUGUCCGGCACAGCAUCCUGAGUCUCCAGGAACUGCCGUCACACACCCUGUAUUAGCUGACAUGGAGCAGGCCCUGUUACUGGGGAGAGACAGCGAGCUGAGUGAAAAUACUCAGUUAUCACACCAUAUUUAUUAAUACAAAGUAACAGAGAAAUAUUGUAAUGACAAACAUUCAGGAGACACCACCAGCACCGUAUCCAGUAUAAAGCAUUUCUCGAGAUACUGUGUUAACACUCCGAUAUGGUACAUGUAAUGAAUGGACGUAGCAAAGAUAAAUCAUUACAGGUUAUCCCAAACCUACAGAACAUUCUGUGAGAGGAUCAGUUCAGCUUCUUAUAGAACUUCAGCAUAACAGAUACAGAGAUAUUAUUAUUAGUAUGUAUUAAGUACCAACAAAUGCCACAGCUCUGUGUAAUAAAUUAACAAAACUACUGCUCCCACUGGAAGGCUAUUCCAGGUAUCUACUACCCUUUCUAUAUCACUGUUACUGCUCCCACUGGAAGGCUAUUCCAGGUAUCAGCUACCCUUUCUAUAUCACGGUUACUGCUCCCACUGUAAGGCUAUUCCAGGUAUCUACUACCCUUUCUAUAUCACUGUUACUGCUCCCACUGGAAGGCUAUUCCAGGUAUCUACUACCCUUUCUAUAUCACUGUUACUGCUUCCACUGGAAGGCUAUUCCAGGUAUCUACUACCCUUUCUAUAUCACGGUUACUGCUCCCAGUGGAAGGCUAUUCCAGGUACCUACUACCCUUUCUAUAUCACUGUUACUGCCCUCACUGGAAGGCUAUUCCAGGUAUCUACUACCCUUUCUAUAUCACUGUUACUGCUCCCAGUGGAAGGCUAUUCCAGGUAUCUACUACCCUUUCUAUAUCACUGUUACUGCUCCCACUGGAAGGCUAUUCCAGGUAUCUACUACCCUUUCUAUAUCGGCUAUUCCAGGUAUCUACUACCCUUUCUAUAUCACUGUUAUUGCGCCCACUGGAAGCCUAUUCCAGGUAUCUACUACCCUUUCUAUAUCGCUGUUACUGCUCCCACUGGAAGGCUAUUCCUGGUAUCUACUACCCUUUCUAUAUCACUGUUACUGCUCCCACUGGAAGGCUAUUCCAGGUACCUACUGCCCUUUCUAUAUCACUGUUACUGCUCCCACUGGAAGGCUAUUCCAGGUACCUACUACCCUUUCUCUAUCACUGUUACUGCCCUCACUGGAAGGCUAUUCCUGGUGUCUACUACCCUUUCUAUAUCGCUGUUACUGCUUCCACUGGAAGGCUAUUCCAUAGCCCUACUUUGUUUUGAUGGUAAAGAAUCCUAUAAUCACUUUUAAAUAUAUGGAUUCUAUUUGGAGGGAUUGAAAACCUCGAGGGGCCUAAUACUACAUGGGAGCAUUGUGUUAUCCAUAUGCAACAGGGGUACCCAAAAGGUAGAUCCCCAGAGGUUUUAAAACUACAGCUUUUAUGAAGCGUUCUCAUUCUAAAGGCAUGCUAAAGGCAUGCAAAGCAUCAUGGGAGUUGUAGUUUUACAACAUCUGAGGAUCUACCUUUUGGACAAGCCCUAUACAGAGUUUAUCUGAUAGCGACUGAUACUAUAACCACAUGAUUGGUGUCAAUAAAUUGGUAAGCAGCCUUGUUUUUGACAUUGUUUAGUCUCCUUACUGCAGUCUGUGAGGUCAUCAACAUUGAUGGCUAUUAUCCAAUCACAGAGAAGCACUGAACGCACAUAAUAUCCCACGUCAGCAGUUUUACAACGAUCGAGUCUAUUUGUGUCGGAAUUCCCGGGUGGCCGUCUGACUUUUGAAAUUUCUCAGACAAAGCUGCUGUAUCGAUACCCAUUUAGAUUUCGGCGUUUAAAAAGUGCCUUUUUAAAAUAGCUCUGUUUCGUCAUAUUGACAUAAUAAUGAAUGUGGAGGUCUUCGUUGGACUCUGAUUUGCUAUAUUUAUUGCUGUAAGAGGCUGCGACAUAACUAGUUUAUAGUUUGGAUGGAAAAAAUAAAUCUACUAAAACUCAAAGUUAGUGCGACCAGACCAGGAAUGUAAGAAAACGUAGAUUGCCGCAGAUUGGUAAAUUAAUAUCAGUGAAAAUACAGAAAGAUCACUAUUCACUAAACCCAGAAUUGGGGGUUAGGGGGUGUUUAGGGUUUGGAGAAUUUCGUAUUAGGUAGGCAUUAUGAUUAAGGGGGGAUAUAGGUUUGGGGUUACAAGCCAUGAAAGUUUCAGCAAACUCUAACUUGAUGGCAAACCUUAAGCAACCCAAAAAGCUAAGGACCCCUAAUCCUGAACUUAUACUUACCAGGCCUAGUAUGUUCGCUAACCCUACAAUAACCCCAACAUGGCUGUCAGUGCCAUGGAGACAGUUUAAAAGCGUCCAUUUCUGGGAAUGUCUUCUCUGCAGAGAGGGGGAAAGGUCUGACGCAGAAUGCAGAACUGCCCCCAGGUGCUGAACGCGGCGAUACAGCUCUGACACAUCCAGUGAAGUGAUACCACAACUAUCACAUACGGUCACUCUGGGCGAAUCGCUCCCUGUACAGAAGAGGAAUUGGAGUGGAAAAGUUCCCAUUUUUUUUCUGUCUGCUCUACUUUUCGUGAACUAAAACUGAUAUAGACAUGGCGGUUGUAAAAGAAGAAGUGAUCUGUUUCUAUUUUCAUGCCGGAGAGCGUAUUCGUCCCAGUAAACACAAUUUCAGUUUUUAUGGUUUAGUCAAACGGUAAAUAGAGAGACGUAUAAAAUCUGAUUUCAGCUCCCAGCUGAACAGGGCAGCGCAUGCUGCCAAUUUGAAUAAUUCAUACUAAAACCUAGUAACGUUUCCUGUGGUUCUUCUCAUUCCUGAAGGCCCAGCUUAUAAAAAAGACAAAAGAAAACAAAAGAUUCUGAAUGGGAGAGGAAUCAUGAGAAAUAUAAACUAAUUUGCAUAAAAUGCCUUGUCUGUGCCUUUCCUGAAAGCAGUUAAGCUGUUGAUUUGAAAUGGUAUUUAUAGUAAACUCAGGACAGGUCUACUUUAAGUAAUUCUAUCACCAACAGAGAAAUUAGUCAUAUUUUGAAAUGUCUGAAAUGGAAACGUACAGGGAGGAAAGUGAAAAUGGACAGAGGUCAACAAACCGGGUCAGCAGUAAUUUUAUGAAUGCGCCAUGUGGUCUGUAGUUCCCGUCAGUGAAGAUGUUCCUGUCGGUGACAGGUCAGCAAACAGGGUCAUCCACUAAACUGAGAAAUCAAAGUGAAUUCAAAGGCAAUUUCAAGUUUAAGGCCAAAAUAGCUGCACUGAAAACAUUCUCCAGGUCAGCUGUCUCCAGCUCGACUACACUGGCCUUAAAUUCACUUUAAAUUGUUACUUUAUUGAAUACCUCUCUCAGUUUAUCUCUGCACCAUUCAAAGGGAAGUAAAUUAAUUUUGGUCUUUAUUCCUUCAAUCUCCACCUGCUCGUCAGCUUUAGUGUUUGACGAGUCAGGAAUCAACGUAUAAACACAAAGGGUGUAUUCACUAAGCGAGGAAUUCUGAAGAAUAGACUAGGAAAAUCUUUGGCCAAAAUUGUCCCACUCAUCUAGUUAUCCAUCACUGCUAGUUUAUCUUAAGGUAUACAAUUCCCUUGGCUAGCUAUGCAUUGUGGGGGUUGUAGUCCUGGAAUAGAUCUAAAUUUGCCCAUCAAUGGAUUUAAAGGAACAUUAUAUUGUUAUAAAUGCAAAGUGUAUUCCUAACACUCCGGCGAAUAAAUAGUUAAAACCCUUUUUAUACCCUCAGCGCUGGAUCGCUCUCCUCCACGCACGUCAGUGCGACCUGGGAACCUAAUGCGUACGGGGUGUCGAGCAUGCAUUAAGCCUUCCUCAUAGGAAAGUAUUGAAUCAAUCAUUUCCUAUGGAGAUUGUGAUGGGACUAGACAUCGUUAUGCAAAACGUGAGGAGUCAAGUGUGGAUUAACAGGAUUAAAGGGAAAUUGCUGUCGGUUCAAUUUCGCAAAGUACAAAAAAAACAAAUAAAUGCACAAAUGGUUCCCCUGGCUCAUAGGUAGCGUUUGUUCCCCUAGUUCGUGGGAACAAAUCUACCGAAUAGCGCUCUCCUGGCUGGUCGGUGAAAGGAAGCAGGCGUUCAUGUAGUUUGACUGGCGUUCGGUAAGUCGAGUGUCCGAUUUUGGUUCCAGACACUCGACGACCAAGUACCACUGCCUCCUUUCCUAAAGAGAUGGGUUUUAAGGCACUUCUUAAAUGAUUGAAGACUAGGGGAGAGUCUGAUGGCGAUAGGCAGGCUAUUUCAUAGGAAGGGAGCCACCCGCGAGAAGUCCUGCAAGCGUGAGUUGGCCAUGUGGUAUAUUACUAGAGCAUGGACAAGCUCCUUAGCAGUGUAAGAAAGGGGUGGAUGCAGGCUAUGUUUUUAAGAUGGAAUCUACAGGAUUUUGCAACAAACUGGAUGUGAGGCUCAAAGGUGAGGCCAGAGUUUAGUAUGAGGCCAAGACAGUGCGCGUGCAAGGAUGGACUGAUGUGGAUACCACUAACUUGAAGGGAGAGUAAAGGAGGAGGAUCGGUAUUAGGAGGAGGAAAGACAAGGAGCUCAGUUUUAGAGAGAUUGAGUUUCAGAAAGCGGGAGGACAUCCAAUCAGAGAUGUUAGAAAGGCAAGCAGUGACGCGUUGCAGGAAGGCAGGGGAGAGGUCCGGGGAGGAGAGAUAUAUAUGGGUGCCAUCAGCAUACAGGUGGUAGUGGAAUCCAAAUGAGGUAAUACGUUUGCUAAGAGAGGCAGUAUAAAGAGUAAAUAGAAGGGGACCAAGGACAGAGCCUUGGGGGACUCCAACAGAGACAGAAUGAAGGGAUGAGGUAUCAUUAGAAAAGGAGACAUUGAAUGAGCGUUGGGAGAGAUAAGAGGAAAACCACGAGAGGACAGAGUCACAGAGACCGAGUGAUUAAAGAGUUUGAAGAAAUAGAGCAUGAUCAAUGGUGUCAAAGGCAGCAGAGAGGUCAAGAAGCAUUAUACAAUGCUUUCCUGUGGGGUUUUUGGGUGACAUAGGAUGUCCUCAUGCAUAGCGUGAGCGUGAGGACGUUCAGUGUCAGUUAGGCGACCAAAAGGCGGCUAGUGACCGGAAAGUCCCUCUAGUGGCAGUCGGGUAGACAGCCACUAGAGAAGGAGUUAACCCAGAAAGGUAUUUAUUGCAGUAUAUUGAUAACUGCAAUAAUUGCCUUUGCAGGGUUAAAGGACCUAGGACACUGCACCCAAACCCCUUUAAUGAUAUGAAAGGGUCUGGGUGCCUAUAGUGUCCUUUUAAUUUGAGUGAAUUGAGGAAGCUCUUCCAGUGGCUGCCUGGGACUCAGCCACUAGAGGCAGUCUUAACCCUGCAAUAUAUAAUAUGUUUUACACUGCAGGGUUAAGGGUACGGGACAAUGCACACAGAUCCCUUCAAUGAGAUGAACUGGCAUUAGUAUCCCUUUAAGUAACCAAACUGAUCUGUGUUUACAUGCAUGUUCUGUGGUUCCAAUCAUACAAUCAGUUACAGUGGGACAGACUGGCAGAUUUGUUUGACUCUGUUCCCAUGCUGGGGUUUGGGUGGAGAACAACGUGCGGUUAGUAAGAUUUGCCGUUUGGAAGAAGCUUAUCUCAGCUAAAGAGAGGGUGUGAGCUUAAAACUGUGAAUUCUAUCUUGCACUCAGUUACAUGUAGGAAAAAAAACGACACAUUUUUUACGGGUCAAAUCAAUAAAUAAACUAACUGCAGAUUUGCCAGAGAAAAAAAACAAACAUUUCAAUUCCCGAUUUUUGUUUGUCAGCUUUAUUCAGUGUGAACUGCCAGGAAUUCAGAGCGAAUUAACCGUGAACGUGAAAUUAGGCCAAAUAGUGGAACUGAAAAUCUGAUCAGGAACAAUGUGCAAUUUUAAAAAUUUGUCUAUUUUAACCUAAAAUUUAAAUUUUAUUUGAAUUCCUAACACUUCUUACUCCUCCACUGUGUGCAUUGUCAGUGUUAAAACACAAACAUGAUGAUUAAAGUGCUAAUGAGAAAUAUAUAAGUUUUCUCAUUCGAGCUGUUUUAUGGCCAAAUAUAAAUAUCUCUCCCGCAUAUGUUAAAUGUGAAAACACAGCAGACUUAUUUUGCUCUACUCCUUGAUAUUGUGGCGCAGGCACGGAGGGAGGUGGUUUGUACUUACUCCCUAUUUAGGGAGCAGACCCCCAGAUAAAUCAAACUGGCUUCAUUCUGCUGGUUUUAUUUAUUGAAUAUCCUUAUGGGUUUUGUAUAACGCAGGGCCUAGCACUGCGGAGUAAUGGGGUGCUGUCCCCUGGGUAUUCGCAGGUCACAGAGAUAGGUUCGUUAUUAAAGAGGAAGUGAUGGUAGCUGGUGAUUGAGGUCUAGGGUGACAGGGUAGCAGGAUGUAGAAGCUGAGGUGGUGUACAGAUUAUUAGUAACUAACGAUCACAGCUGGUAGUUUCCUGUUUAUUGUACGUCUUACGCUCUAUCAACACAAACAAUCUGCAUUUCCAUGCUAUUCUGGGCCUUUAUACGUUUGUUUAACUAAAUCUAUCACACCGAAAUAUACAGGAUUAGAAACAAGCCACUUCUAGCUGGCCGUGAGUCCUGGGAGUUAUAGUUUACAACUGAAAAAAUCUGUUUAUUCCAGAAAAUGAAAAAAAACCAACAACAACAACUGUCCCAUGAAAAGACCAGUAGACUGCGAAGUUGUAUAAAAUCUAAUUAGACAUGCAUGUAUUGUAGUUAUGGGACUUGGCUGCACAUUUAGCUUGCUGCAAGGAAUUCUGCACUUUAGAGAGAGUGCAUCGUGAUAGACGCAGGGGGAGAGGCGGAAGAGCAGAGGCCUGAGACAAAACAAUAUCUGCCCCAUACAUGGAAACUUUGAAAGACUGUAUUUUCAGAACACACACAGAAUGCACUGAUAGGCAAAUUAGCACUUUUUGUAAAAAAACAAAACAAAAAAAACACAGCAUUUGAAAUCUUUACAUUUAUUUUGCAUAUUUCGUUACUAACAGCCUGCUGUUUAAAACAAAGCCUUUUUUAUUUUUACCAUUUAAAAAAAAAUGGCAUAGAAAAAAUGUAUAUUAUUAUAAUUUGAAUCUUGACAUCCAGUCUCUGACACUCGGAAUAGAAUCAUACAGAUUGCUGCUGAACUUGUAUCUUUAUACUCUGUCUGUCUCUCUCUGUCUUUCAGUCAAUCCGUCUGUCUCUCUGUCUAUCUCUCUCUCUAUCUACCUGGGUAUAUAUCUAUGAAAUAUCGAGAUUUCCAAGGGAAUUUUAAUCUUUAGGAUAAAGAACUGACUUUUUCUUGCCAUAUACAGCUACCUUGGUCUAAAUGUGCAAAUUCACUUUGAAUUCCCAGCAAUUCUCAUUUUAGUGUUUAACCCUUCUAGACCUUAGUACAUGUACUGUAACAGUAGAGACUGGAGAGAGAUCUCCCCUUCACAUGUUUCACCAGUAAUUUCUCGAUGGUUGAUUUACAGAGUGAAACUCUGUUAAGAUAAAUAGGGAUUUGAUUUUGUGACCCACAGAGGUCAUAGUUAAUAAAAUACUGAAAAAGUUUCAUGAGUGAUGACAUGUUCAGAAUGAGUUUAAUUAUUUAAAGUAAGCUGGACCAUGAUAAUUAAUUACUGUAAUAAUGCUAAGAUUUGAUGCAGGGACCAGUAGUGAUAUAAUUAGGACAUGUACUAUCUGCACGUUGUCUCUUUGCUGUGUGUAGGACACGGAGUACAGAGCGAUUCUGGGAUAAUGUGAUACUUGGGCUGGUACACAAAUACUCUGUCAGUAGGGACGAGAUUGGAUAAUGGAAAAAAACUCAAUACUUGUUUUCAAUUGAAGGAAGGAGAGAGAUGGACAGCGUGGCCAAACGGCAGGGUGGAUGGAAAAAGGAUGGAUGGAGCAAUGAUCUUCAGGGUCUAAUAAAGCAUGUGGAUCAGGAUCUAUGACCAGUCUUAGAAAAUAUAGAGAGAAAACCCUGAAGGCUUGUGUAAAGACAUGCAUUGUCAUAUAAAAUAGUGGGUGAUGGUAGGAAUAGGCUAUGGAGCUAUCUGGAAGAUGAUAGCUAGAGGUCAGGGAGCUAUCUGGGUGGUGAUCAAGAGCUGAUGGAGCUAUCUGGGUGAGGGUGAUAAAAAUGUGAUGGAACUAUCUGAGAGAUGAUAGGAAAGUAAUGGAGCUAUUUAUCUGAUUGUGAGAAGAGGUGAUAGCGAUAUCUGAGUGAUGGUGGGAAGAUGUGACGGAGAUAUCUAGGUGACGAUAAAAAGAGGUGAUGUAGCUCUCUGGGAGAUGGUGAUAAAGAGAUGAUGGAGCUAUUUGGGUGAUGGUGAAUAGAUGUAAUGGAGAAAUCUGGGAGAUGAUAAUAACAGGUGAUGGAGUUAUUUGGGAGAUGAUAAGAAGAGGUGAUGGAGCUAUUUGGGUGAUGGUGGGAAGAUGCGAUGGAGAUAUCUUGGUGAUGUUGGGAAGAGGUAAUGGAGCUAUCUGGGUGAUGGUGGGAAGAGGUGAUGAGAUUACUUAGAUAAUGGAAAAUAAAGGUGAUGAAGCUAUCCUGUGACAUUGGAAGGAGAUAACGGAGAUAUUUGGAUGAUAAUGGAAUGAGAUAAUAGAGCUAAAGGGUGAUUUUGGGGAGAAGUGAUUGAGCUUUUUUUCAUAUAAAAAGUUGAUGGAUCUCUCUGGUUGGUUAUUUGAAGAGACGAUGAUGAUAUUUUGGAGUUUAUGGCUACAAUUAACAUAUUUAUUUUGCUGAUGAUAUAAAAGAGCCUGAAUCAGAAUAUGGCUCACGCGUGUGUGAUCCCACAAAGAAAUCGUAGCUGUGAUCUGUCGUUGAUUGUUGACCUUUACAUCUUUUCUUGCAGGAGGCUCUUUCUGUCGUCAGUGAAGAUCACACUCUGUUCCCUCCUCACCUACUGAAAACAGAAAUGCCAGAUGAUUACCCACCAAGCAUUAAGGAACGAGAAGCAUUGGCAGAGCACCCUUGGGCAUCAACUGGUGAACACCAGCAUCAAAACAUCAAGCAAGAAGCAGAGGAGAUACCUGGGAGCAGGUGAGACGUCCGUUUGGUGGAUUCCCUCUGCCCUGUGUGAUGUCUGUAACAAUCCUUACUAUGUAUAGAAUAAUAAGAAAACCACUGAAUGACUGUCACACAAUCUAAUUAAUUAAGGCUAUGGGUAUUUAUAUUUUUGCAUGUGAGAUUUUUACUAAUUCCGGUAGUGUUGUUAGAAAGCCGGUUGGCAGAGGUCUGCGUCAGAUGAGGACAUUAGACCACAUGUCAGUUUGACAAAAUUUCCCUUUUGUGUCCCCAGGAUAACCAGUGGAAGCGCAGCUGGUUUAGGGGUGGAAAAACCUGAAGCAAGCACCGAAGAAUCCCAUACAAACUACCAACCCAGUUACCCAGACACGACCAGCAAUGGGCCCCCCUCGCCCACUCAGAUCAAUGGGAGUGAAGAGAAGAGGGUGAUAGUGCCAGCAGGUCAGACUGUCUCUCAGUUUGGGUAAAGUAAAGGGUAGAUCCAAAACUGUGGAGAUAAAAGGACCAGCAUGGGUGUAGUCUGAUGCUAAUAAAUAACUAAUGCUGAAUGAAAAAAAUGAAUAUAAUAGAACUGUAUCACUCCAGGCGGUACUAGAAGGAGGAGGAACGACUAAUUUAAAAUAAAUUUUACGGUUAAAAUAUACAAUUCCUUUGUAAACUGUCCAUAAUUCUAGCUUAGUAACGAAAUCUCGUUUUGGUUAUUCAUUAAAUAAUAAAUUUAUGUAAUUUUUUGGGGUGUUUGCUGAAAACCCAUUAUGUUUUAUUUAAAAAUGUCUGAUCUCAAUAGUUUCACCAAUGGAGUGAAAUCUUUCCAAUUUAUCAUAUUCCAGUCUCGUGCGUCCGCUCUCCAAUAAACCCAUUGAAUAUGUUGCUAGGAGCUGGAAUAAAACACAUGAAGGGGAAGCAGUUUAAACAGUUGUUUUCUAUGUCACAGAUCCCAUGGCAUGGACACAGGAGGACGUAGCACAGUGGCUGGACUGGGCGGUAAAGGAAUACGGACUCUGUGAUGUGAAUACUUCCAUGAUGCAAGGGGUAGAUGGGAAGGAACUUUGCCGGAUGGCGCGGGAAGAUUUCCUGAGAUUAGCGUCUCCUUACAGCACGGACAUGUUGCUGUCACACUUGGGGUUCCUAAGGCAAAGUACGUAAAAUCACAGCAUAUUAUUAAUGCAUAUUGCUGCCUCUCGGGCAUAGGUCAAAUCGUGGGUACAAUGUCUCAAAUUUUUCAACCAGACUGGCUAAAAAACAGAGUUGUAACUACAGUUACAACUGUAACUGUCAGCCAUCGUUUGUCUCAUAAAUUGUGUUUGUAAUAUUCAUAUAAAUAAGAUCUAAAUAGUAUUCAUCUGACAAGUGUACUACAUUCCUAAAGUGAGCUAUAAACUGUCCACGGCAGAAUUUAUCAGCACUGCUAUUUAGUAAAUACAGACAAUAGACGUAUUCCCAACAUGGCGCCUGUAUGUGCUCUCUGCACAAGUUGAUACAAUAAUUAUUUUUUUAUUUGUGUUACCUCACAUUUAUUAAUAUUAUGUGUAUUAAAGUUACAAUGUCUAUGUGAUACACAUUUUCUGUGGAAACUGACCCUGAAUGGUUUCACAACCAGAAUCCUGUUGGGAUCCGGUUGCCUUGGUGAUUGCAAAAUGGCGAGCAUUAAAUGAGUGCAUUGAAAAUGUAGCGGAACGAGUUGCUACUUUGUUGCUCUGGGAAAUGUAAAGCACUGACCUUUAAUUCAAUCCAGUCUGUUUUUAAGCUUUCAUUAUUUUUUGCUUAUAAUGUCUAAUAUGUGUCCCUACCCCACCCCCCAACCUGUUUUUUGAUGAAAACCAUUUAAAAUAAGAGUAGAACAUAUCUUGAAUCAAGUGCUGGGCCAAGUUCUCCCUUAUUCCACGCCUUCUCUGUUGUCAAUCUGCAUAACUGGUUUCCUCUUCGAGGUCAAAUCAAAUGCUUCACAGAAAAACAUUAACCUUUGUGGACCAGCAUGGUAACCGCCACGACCUGCCAACCAGUGGUUUCUGAUAAUGCAGUGAAUGCGACACAAGGCAUGCGCGUUCAUGUGCAGCAAGAUGAACUGAUUGACAGGUUAUCUGCCGCUAAAGCCCACUCUUGCACCAAGAAGCUCAUUAUGCAUCUCGCCAGUGUGCGUUGCGUGCUGACUCUCUUUUGCUCGGAACUCACAUUAGUCCAUCUAACUAAGGCCUCCAUUUGAUAUUGUUGGAUACGUUUUUAAAUUGAUUGAUUUUUUUUUUUUAAUUAACUUUUAAUAUGAUUAUUUCAACAUUAAAAUAUAAAAAUAAAUCAUAUAAAAAAUAUUUAUAUUUUAAAAAUUAGCAAAACAUUACACCAUUAAACUAUUCUUCAUAAUUCUAAAUCAUUUUAAAAGUUUAUCCAAAAAUAUUAAAUUAAGGCCUAAGUCAUCCAUUGUACAGCGCUACAGAACUUGCUCGUGCUAUCUAAAUAAUAAUAAUAAUCUGUGCUGGUGGGUGCAACUAGACUCCAGCACAGAUUCUUAGAUUUCUCUGUACAAACAGCGUUUCAAAUAGAAAUGUGGCACGUACAGAUUGCUUGCACCAUAACCACUUCUUAGCAGGAGUGGACAUGGAUGUUGGAGUAACCCUUUAACAUCAUUCCAUAACCGCGCCAUUUCCGUAUUGUAGAAUUAAGCUCCAUUACAUGUUUCCCCACAUUACAGGAUUAUAUUUAUACGUAUUAUUAUUCUUUGCAGACAGUACGACAUUCACAUACUCCGUGACGCCAGCUGUCCACACACAUCCAGUCACCCCUCGUGCCCAGGUGAAAACCGGUGAGUAGAUCCCGAGGGCUUCGUGGUGACUGGGGCUGGGAUUCCCAAUGGUUGCUGUAGAUACAUAGUGAGGAGAUUUGUUCUAGACAGGUUUUAACUCUCAAUGUGGAAAAUAAACAAUUGUUUUUUUUUUUUAAAUAAUUGCUGAAAUUGAUUUAGGUAUAAUUAACAGUGUUAUUCAUUAAAGUGUGAAUUUGUCAAGAAUUCAAAGUAAAUUUCAGCUAAUUAACUGAUUUUUAAAAAUGAUUUAAAUCCGCUGUGUUUUAAGAUCAGCAUUCUUGGUAUAAAAUGUUAAAAUCACUUUGAAUUUAGUUUGAAUGGAAUCCUACUAACCUGAAAUAACACAGAAUUAACAAGGGAAUUGCAAAGACUAAAAGUGCAAAGACAGCGUAAUUUAAAGGGACCCUAUAGGCACCCAGACCAUUUCAGCUCAUUGUCCUGGGUCCAUUAACCCUGCAGAGGUAGUUAUUGCAGCUUUUGAUAAACUCAAUAAUUACCUUAAUGGGUUAACUCCGCCUCUAGUGGUUGUCGACCAGAGAGCAACUAGAGGGUGUACCCUGUACCGGCUAUGCAUGAAGUCAUCCAGCGUCACCCAAAACCCCAUAGGAAAGCAUUAUACAAUUCUGGGAGCUAUAAUCCCCCAUUUAGUGGAUAAACCCCAGCACGUGUUUGUGUUUUAUAGUACAUAACGAGUGUUGGCUGACCGGUCUGUCUCCAUAUUAUAUCCACAGAACCAUUAUACGAGGAUGGACGGCGAACGAACUGGAACACAACAGCAAUACACAGAGGUACAGGCUCCUCCCUAAAGGGUAAAAUGGGGCUCGUCACCGGUCUUUAAUUAGUUUUCUGCCAGGGAAGUCAGAAAGGGCAUAGCGCUACCUGACUGUAUGAAUAAAUUAUUGAAUGGUAUAAUACUUUAUAAUACCUGACUGUAUGAUUAACUUCUAAUACCUGGCUGUGUGACGGGUUAUAGAAUGGUAUAAUAAUUAAUAAUACCUGACUGUGUGAUUAACUUAUUGAAUGGUGUAAUAAUACCUGGCUGUGUGAGGAGGUUAUAGAAGGGUAUAAUAAUUUAUAAUACCUAGCUGUGGGAUGAGGUUAUUGAAUGGUGUAAUAAUAAUAUCUGGCUGUGUGAGGAGGUUAUAGAAUAGUGUAAUAAUAAUACCUGACUGUGUGAUUAACUUAUUGAAUGGUGUAAUAAUACCUGGCUGUGUGAGGAGGUUAUAGAAGGGUAUAAUAAUUUAUAAUACCUAGCUGUGGGAUGAGGUUAUUGAAUGGUGUAAUAAUAAUAUCUGGCUGUGUGAGGAGGUUAUAGAAUAGUGUAAUAAUAAUACCUGACUGUGUGAUUAACUUAUUGAAUGGUGUAAUAAUACCUGGCUGUGUGAGGAGGUUAUAGAAGGGUAUAAUAAUUUAUAAUACCUAGCUGUGGGAUGAGGUUAUUGAAUGGUGUAAUAAUAAUACCUGGCUGUGGGAUGAGGUUAUUGAAUGGUGUAAUAAUAAUACCUGGCUGUGGGAUGAGGUUAUUGAAUGGUGUAAUAAUAAUAUCUGGCUGUGUGAGGAGGUUAUAGAAUGGUGUAAUAAUAAUACCUGGCUGUGUGAGGAGGUUAUAGAAUGGUGUAAUAAUAAUACCGGGCUGUGGGAUGAGGUUAUUGAAUGGUGUAAUAAUUUAUUUCCAAUGGGGACAAAAUGUACAAUAACCAGUGUGCCAGUGACCAGGAGAAUAAAAUUAUUGGUGUGAUUAUACGAUGUCCUGUCAUUGCAGUGUCGCCCCCGCAGACCCAUGGGACCAUCAGCACAGGAAAUAAUCUGCGCAGCACCCCAGGUGAGUUCACCUCUUUCAUUCUACUCAUUUAAAUAGCGCCUGCAUAAACCACAGCGCAGUACAAUAGGCGAACUCCUCAUCCUAUCAGCGCAGUCAAUACUCUGCGCAGCACCCCAGGUAAAUACACUCCAGGUGUUGUGAACUUCAUCUCCUCUGACGUAUUGCCAGCAUUAUGGCUGUAAGAGCAUCACAGGGACCCGUAAUAGGUGUCAGUAUUCCUGGAUUUAAUAGGACCUUCUCGGUUUGGGGCUUCUGCCCCAGCACCUUGGGUUUGUAUUCUGUCCCCACGCAUUCAUUCAAUGGAGAGUGCGUUUCGGGGUACUGAGCAUUGCACAGAGUGCUUUAGAUAUAUCGUGCCUAUGGGCAGCUGUGAAUAGAGCCAAGCACAGCGACAGCCAGUCUGUCUGGUGUUAAUACACGCCCCCCCGCUGCCGUGCCCUCUGAUCAGGCCUUCGUCAAAUCUGCCAUGCGCAACGCAAUGAUAAAAUGUAACUUUAAAUAAAAUGUAACCAUCACCUCUCUCCCCUCUCCCCAGAUCCGUACCAGGUUCUAGGCCCAACCAGCAGCCGUCUAUCAAACCCUGGUAAGUACCGACUCAUGACAUCACAUUAUAUUAUAUAUGUUAUAUUAUUGCUGUAUAUAUUCUGUCUAUUGUCAGAACUACAAAGAUAGUUUUGGAGUGGGGGUUAUUUAUUCAAUAAAAAUAAAAUGUAGUAAAUUGAAAACCAAAUGGCACAAUUUGGGUAAAAAUAGUUCAUUUGGAAAACAAUCUUUUGGUGGGCUAUUUUAGCCUAGAUUUGCAAAAUCAUUUUUCAGUUCUCCAGAAUGUGGUGUUUUGUAAAUAAACCCUGUAGAAUUCUCCCCAAUUCCCAGUUUAGUGAAUUAUUGCCUCCGGUUUGUAGGCUGGGGGGGUCUUGCUUUUGUAACAGUGCGCUUAUCUCGCAGCCUUUCAAUAUGUGCAAGGCCUGUAAUCCAGUGACUGCAACAAACCUCACACAUUAGUGUCUAACAGCCCUGGUUUACACAAGAACUUGUAAAUAAACAAAACCUGAUGUAAUCCCCCCAUUAUUAAUGAGGGUGAUUAGCUCCCAGAGUCAGUUUUCAUCCCUCCCAGUACCUGUUUGCAGAUCACAGCAGGUUGUAAGAAGCAAGACGUGUCUUAAUUAGACAAAUUGUGUUGGGAAAAUGCUUAAUUAUGUUAAUCAGUGAAUUGACAGAAACUAAAUAUAGAAUUAGGAAAACAUAACGACAAACAGCCAAGUUUAUCAUAAAAACAGAACCGAAGAAUUCUUUCCCAAAUCUGUUAUUUUCCCCAAAAUUCUCCAAAUUCACCAUUUACUGGGUUAUUCACCAAAGUGAGAAUCGAAAGACAAUUUCAAGUGAAAAUUGAAACAUAGUUGACUUAGAGAACGUUUCCAAUUGAGCUGUUUUGACCUUAAAUUUGAAAUUCACGUGAAUAACCCAGUGAGGAAUUAAAUGCCAAAAUAUUAUCUAAAAAAGAAUACGAGGAAUUAGUCACUAAGUGUAAUAUAGUGAAUUGAAAACUAAAUUGCAAAAUGUAGCCAACAGUAGCAGUUGUGGAUAAAAUGAUCUGCGUAGGCUAUAGUCACAGAUUGGGUAUAUUAGCCGAGAUUUUACCAUUAGCUGUUAGUAAAUAAACUCUGUAGUGAGAUGUUUGUGUUAUCGAAGAAUACCUGUCAUAACAACAACACAAUGUACAAUGUAACACGUCCAUAGAGAGAAGGUAAUAUAAGAAAACACAGAGUCUACAUUCCUUGUUAAUUAUUAUUAUGAUCCAAAUUAUUAGCAGUCAUUUCACAUAUCACUUGCAUCACUCGAGGCAAUGACUUUAAUGGUCGACCUCAGGGGGCAGGAUUUGGCACAACUUUUAAAAUAUAUUUAUAAAAUGAAUCAAUGGCUGCAGUCCUGGUGACUAGUGAUGUUUAGAGUGUAAAGGUCGCUAUGUUUUUUGUUCAUGCUUGUAGACGGGUGAUUGCAGGUUGACUUGUGUGUCUCAUCUUAUCUCUCUGGUCCUGCAGGUAGUGGUCAGAUCCAGCUGUGGCAGUUCCUCCUGGAGCUCCUGUCUGACAGUAACAACUCUGGCUGCAUUGCCUGGGAAGGUUUAAACGGCGAGUUUAAAAUGACCGAUCCUGACGAGGUGGCGAGACGCUGGGGGGAACGCAAGAGCAAACCCAACAUGAACUACGACAAGUUGAGCAGAGCCCUGCGCUACUACUAUGACAAAAAUAUAAUGAGCAAAGUGCACGGGAAGAGAUACGCUUACCGAUUCGACUUUAAUGGCAUCAGUCUGGUGCAGCAGUCUCAUUCGGCGGAACCCACAGUGUGCAAAUACCCCGAAGGAAAUUAUUUCUCACCCCAAGCCAAAGCAGCUGCGCCUCUGCACCCCCAUCACCCCCAGCCAUCAAACCUUUCCACAGUUAUACCCAUACAGUACUUAAGUUCACCAGGAGGUGGGGCACUGUACCCGGGACAGGGGGUAACAAGACAACAUGUAGGGCAAAUGGGGGCUCAUAUGGGGUCUUACUAUUAAAGAAGUAAGAAAGUCAGACUGUUGGUUUGAGAUGCAUUGCUGCAUUGAGCCAUAAGGGUUUAGAUAGGGUACUAACCAAGGACCUACACUUCCACUCUAUUUCCAGUAGGGGGCUGCAGUGAGUAUGCAUUUAUUGCCCAAUUUUAUUCAUCUUUCAUUAGAAUUUGUGAAUCUGCAAGAUUUGAAAUGCCGCCUUAUUCUGACUUUAUUUCGAAAGCGAUACUUGGAAUUUCUAAUGGAAAAUGCAGAAAUAAUGGCUCUUAAUGCUUUGUACAGGACACUGGCGUUCCAGCGAUUUUUUUUUAUUUGUUUUAAUUCUAUUUUGAAUAAGUAUACUUAUUAAAUGGUAUUCUGAGAGUGCAGUGUCUGGAAACUCCUCCCUGUGCGGCAGAUUGUGAUUCUCUGACGUCUAGCAGGUUAUAUUAUGGAUAGUAGAUGAUCCGCCAUGACAGGACUAGUAACUACAUAAACCACAUCAGAGUGUAACGUGAUUUUAAAGAGGGUACCAUUAACCCCAUCCUAGCAGAGCUGCACAAAAUGAAUAGAUUAUAUUUUAUUCACAAUUAAUCUCUUCAACAUACUCCGCUUAUCCUGAGCGACAAAUACAAAACCAAAUAAAAUGACAGCUCUGCUGGAAUCUGCCGCUAUAUAACCCUUGGUUCCAUCCCACAAUUCGCAAUAUGCGGCCAUGUUGUGGGAGGUCACAUAUUUAAUUGGCAGCCACAGUAGCGAAAAUGGCAGCCAUAUUAUCAGUAAUUGUGCCUACCCAUUCAUACCAACUGUUAUGGCAGCCCAUUCAUACCAACUGCUACGGCAGCCAUAUUAUCAGUAGUGGUGCGUACCCAGUCAUACCAACUGUUACGGCAGCCAUAUUAUCAGUAGUGGUGCCUACCCAUUCAUACCAACUGUUAUGGCAGCCAUAUUAUCAGUAGUGGCGCCUACCCAAUCAUACCAACUGUUAUGGCAGCCAUAUUAUCAGUAGUGGCGCCUACCCAUUCAUACCAACUGCUACAGCAGCCAUAUUAUCAGUAGUGGCACCUACCCAGUCAUACCAACUGCUACAGCAGCCAUAUUAUCAGUAGUGACACCUACCCAAUCAUACCAACUGUUACGGCAGCCAUAUUAUCAGUAGUGGCGCCUACCCAGUCAUACCAACUGUUAUGGCAGCCAUAUUAUCAGUAGUGGCGCCUACCCAGUCAUACCAACUGUUAUGGCAGCCAUAUUAUCAGUAGUGGCGCCUACCCACUCAUACCAACUGUUAUGGCAGCCAUAUUAUCAGUAGUGGCGCCUACCCACUCAUACCAACUGUUAUGGCAGCCCAUUCAUACCAACUGCUACGGCAGCCAUAUUAUCAGUAGUGGUGCCUACCCAAUCAUACCAACUGUUAUGGCAGCCAUAUUAUCAGUAGUGGCGCCUACCCACUCAUACCAACUGUUAUGGCAGCCAUAUUAUCAGUAGUGGCGCCUACCCACUCAUACCAACUGUUAUGGCAGCCCAUUCAUACCAACUGCUACGGCAGCCAUAUUAUCAGUAGUGACACCUACCCAGUCAAACCAACUGUUAUGGCAGCCAUAUUAUCAGUAGUGGCACCUACCCAUUCAUACCAACUGUUAUGGCAGCCAUAUUAGUAGUGGCGCCUACCCAUUCAUACCAACUGUUAUGGCAGCCAUAUUAUCAGUAGUGGCACCUACCCAGUCAUACCAACUGUUAUGGC